UUUCCAAACAAACAUGGCGGACGAUCUCGCGAAGUUUUGCGCUGCAGAAAAGAUGUUAUUUAUUUCCUUCAAAUGCCUUGAAAUACUUUAAAGCUAUAUAAAUGGAAUCAGUAAAGCUUGUAAGCUCCCCGGCCUCUUUAAUAAGCCAUCGAUUUGGAGCAGCUGCAAGUGAGACAAGAAGUGUCAGCCCUUCACCGAGCCUUCCACCGAUCUCCAGAGAGCAAGCCUUGCUUGAGUCUUUUUUUCAUGCUCUCAGUCAGUUUGCUUUUGACAAGGCAAAAGACCAAGUGGAGAAAGAAAAAGAAACCAAAAGAUUGCCACUUGUAUCUAGUACACCAUGGUCAUCACUUCUUAUAACGCUCUCACGCCUAGCUUUGGCAGAGAAGAUGUACUUUUCUCUACCUUUCAUUGCCAAGAAGUUCUUCAGGAAAGAUUCUGUAAGAGACAGCUUCAAAGCUCUGAUAAUAGACUUCAAAAGGAUUGAAGAAAGCACACACAGCUCCUCAUCCACUGGGUCCCCACUUGAAGGAAGUUUGUUGGCAGAGCUGUGCAGACAUCUCUGUCAAUUUUCACAAGCUAGACAGGAAUUGAUCGACUUUUAUGAAUCCAUGGCAAUUAUGGGAUCCUCAUCAAAUGUGAAUUAUUCAGACUUGUCAAAUAUGAUUGAUGAGAUCUGUCGACGACACAACAAAGGCUUUCAUCACCCAAUCCUGGAUUCGCUGAAAUCAUGCUUCAGUUUUGAAGUGGACAUAUUGUGUAAUUUGUUGAAAGCACAGUGUGACAUGGCUGACUGGAAGUUUCUUUCAUCUCUUCUUCAUCUUCAUGAAAGCCACGUCAAACUGUCCUCAUGGUGUCAAUUUUUACCACCAGUCGAGCUAUCAGCAUCACUUACACUCAAGAAGUCACUGUUUGGUAGCACUCCAAAGAAACAUCUUGAGGCACCAUUUCUUUAUCAGUGGCUGGGCAAACUGCAGGAUGCUUUGGUGUCAAAGUUUACUCUGUACUUCUACCAAAUACUUAGUAGACAAACCACACCAGUUGACAUGAAGCCAUUGACUGCACGAGCCAGUAUUGAUUACAUAGGAAGGAUUACAGCAUUUAUCCGGCGUUCAGAUGCAUUCAGUGUGUGCAUGUUAUUGGACACACAUCAACUGGAGCAGUACCAGGGGCAUGGAUAUCAUUUGCCCCAUGAUAUCAAAGAAAAACCCUCCGGCUUGGGGGCUUUUCCUGCUGUUUUUUCAUUCCCUGGGGACCAGCCAGUUGACCAUUGGCCAAACAUUGUGUCCAUUCUCCUCGAUAGAGUUAAUGAGCUGAAUUCCAUGGAGAAAAUCGUCUACUUCUUUGACAUUCGUGUUCAGAGCACGUAUUUCUUAACACGCGUGGAUCCACGAAUGACUGUCGUGGUCAUUUUUAACAGCAAAAGGUCUGAGAAGGACUCUUUCGUCACUUCAUUUCUGACUGAGACGGCGACUCUUAUCAGAAACACGAAAAUCUUCGCCAUGUUAAAACAAGGAGGAAAGAGUUAACAGAUAUCCACUGCAGUGUUCGUUUCAAGGUGUUGCAACUCUCCAGUUGACAUGGUGAUCAUUGAAAACGAAAAUUGUCAUUGCAACGAUAAUUCAACGACGGCAGAGAAGUCUGAAGUUCACGUUUCGACCUGUACCACUUGUAGCCCUUUUGUUCCCAACACUGCAGGGACGGAUCCUGGAUUUUUCAAGAGGGUGGGUGGGCUGGUACCUUGGGGUUGCAGAAUCAAUGUGGCAUGUUACCAAAAUGUUACAAUUUGAGAAUUGGAACUUAAUUGAAAACCGUUUCACUAGAAAUACCAGCAACUGGUCACAAAGUAGAAGGUAUCUGUCAAGAGAGGUUGCCUUUUUUUCUGCCAUAAUAUUCACAACCUUUUUUCAUUUUUUUCUCUUUUUUUGUUUGGCUUCCCCCUCCCUAAAUCCGCCCCUGCAACACUAUAUCAAUGUCUAGUUUCUCUUUUCAAUAUAGAUACGCUAUUAACGACACAGUUGAUGAGAAUAAAGAGACCUGAUCAACAAGGAAUAUAGCCUUGAUGUAACAUCAAAUUCUCAAAACAUAUUAAGAGGAAAUGUAUGGAAAUCAGUAAGGAGAAUUAAGAAGUCUAGCUUGAGACAAAAAAGAUAAAUAGAUAUAGAUAAAAGGCAGUGUUUCCUUUUGAUAUUUGGGUGUGGCCCAUUUAAUGGUUCCCAGCCCCAGCUAAUCAAGUAAACAUCGUGGAGUCAUGGACACUAGUGAGGAUAGUUGCGUAAGACCUUGAAACAAGUUCAACCUUCCCUUGAUCGAUUGCGAACUAACUGGUGUUUCCCAUGAUGUCAGCAAAGAAGAAAGUCGACAUUUUGGCCGUUUUCUUUCUUUGCUGUUUACUGUUCUAAAACAAAGUUGGAACAAAAAUGUAGUCACUGAACACGACGGUGGCGUUGGGUUUUAACGGCCCCACG